CUUGCUCAAGAACUGAAGAGUUUGUAAAAAAAAAAAAAAAAAAAGAUAAAUAAUAUAUUCAGUUACUUCUUCCUUCAACUCCAUUUGACACCGGAAGUGCUGCGACAGUCUUCCGCUGACUCGAAAUGCUUUAGAAUUUACUGGCUGAAACAUGUCAACAAAGAUGUCAAGCGCCGUCGAAACGACGCUGCCCUCGGAAUGGGACGAUGAUGAACGGAUGAAUUUUCUAUUUUCCGACUUCAAAGACAACCGUGAGGUCAACACGAUGGACUGGGACAGUAAAAUGAACUUCUGGACGGCUCUAGUCUUGAAAAACUGCAGGGAUCGCCGAACAGUUUGUGUCAAUUUAGAAGAGCUCAACAAGACGUUCAGAAGGAAGGAAAAAACACCUCUGGGUUUGGCGACUGUCAUUCGGUCCAUGUCAAGAUGUGGGAAGCUUCAGAGGGAGUCCGAGUUUGCCGCCAAUGUAGACUGCGGCUGGCUGUCGUGGGGUGUCGGCGUCCUGCUGGUGAAGCCCCUCAAAUGGACCUUCUCCUCUCUCUUGGGAGGAAGUCGAGUAGCUUUGGAGGAGUCUUUUGUUGUCAUCGAACUGGUAAAGGAGAAAGCAGCUGAAGUUCUUAAGCUUUACCGGAGCAGUGAAUUUGCGAGUCGCUCACUCAUGUCAUUUCAAGAACUGUGUACGCUCACGUCCAGUGUGUGUGCCGAUGAAAGUACCCUAUGCAUGGCUCUUCUGCAGCUGCAGAGGGACAAACAAGUGGCGGUCUCCUUGAAUGAAGGGGAGAAAAUUGUUAAAUUUUGCCAACCCGGCCAGGCUCGCGUCUCCACCGUCAGUGAUGUCGAUAUUGGAAUCUACCAGUUACAACAAAGUGAGAAGCUGCUGGAGGAGCGUCUGGAAAAACUUGGCCUCGAGGCUGAUAAGUGUAGAGAAGAAGCAAGAGCUCUUCUUCGGGAAGGGAAAAAAGUGCAGGCACUGAGGUGUUUAAGAGGCCGGAAAAGAGUGGAAAAGAGAGCUGACAACUUGUCUGGACAGUUGGAGUCUAUUCGAGGCAUCUUGGACAGAAUAGCCCAGUCCCAGACGGAUAAAAUGGUUCUCCAAGCCUACCAAGCGGGAAUGACUAGCCUCAGACAUUCUUUCAAGGACGUGACGGUUGAAGGUGCUGAAAGCCUUCUCGAUCAAAUCCAGGAGUUAUGCGACGAACAAGAUGAGAUCAGCCAAACCAUAUCGGGUGGAAUGAGCAAUGCAGAUGAUAAUGAGUUGGAAGAAGAACUGAAAUCACUAUUAGAUGAAUCCAACACCGAUCUUGAUGUUCCGAGAAAUGUCAUGCCCGAAGUACCGAGUGACGACCUCCUAGAUUCGCUGCCUCCCGUUCCUCACAGUCACCUGAAUGUUAGCACCAAACAGCUGGAAGAAGAACUCAAAAUGCUAGCUCUCUAAAGAUUCAGGUCUUUCUACAAAACGAUCGCAAACAAGGCAACGUGGAAUUUUAACAACAGAAAAUUGAGCUGUUAGCAGAAAACUUACAAAGACACCUUAAUUCAUUCUUUCUAUAUACUAAAUGCCUUUGCUGUGGAUGCAUGCCAAAGAAGAAGUAAAAAAAAAAAAAACAACAAACGAUUUACUCUCAGCUGAGUGUGAAGCCAACAGUUUUAGUAGCAUUUCAGAAGUAUUUUCUUUGGAAUGCCACUACUGGGAAUGCUUUUAAUUCAGGACAAUUAAAAAAAAAAAGAUUAUGUAAAAUUGUUGUAAAGUUUAUAUUUGUUUGCUUGUCUUAAUCUCGCGUGCCAACCGUUUCAUGUCAAACCAUAGGGAUGUCUCGAUUAAGUGUUAUUAGUGUGUAAUUAGGAGUUUUACUCAUAUUUUUUCUGCAAAUAAAAUCUAUAUUUAUCACAGUACCA